AUCAUGUGGAUUUAACAGAUAAUCGUAAUCUGUUAUCAGCACUUGAUCUAAUCCCCGAUGAUAUAUUGAUUGAAUUGCUUAAAGAAGAUCGGCCUAGUAUAUGGGGUGAUCCUGUUACCAAUAAUAAUAAUAAUAACAGUGGAAGUGUUAAUGCCGUCAAUUCAACUUUAUCAGCUCCUUAUCCCUGUUAUACAGAAUCGCCUUACCUACCACCACAGACACCGUUGGCGGCAACAACACCGAACAAUGAGGAGGAGGAGGGAGAUUCUGUUUGUUUCAAUUAUGAUGGUUAUUAUAACAACACAUCAAGUCUUCAUGAUUCCAGUGAAUGGAUUGAUUUCAAUCUAACCGGUUCAAUUUCUCCAUUGAAUGAAUCCUCUAUAUCAUUUGAUGAUAAUCUUCAUAAUCAUAAUAACAAUAAUAAUAAUAAAGAGGAUGCCGUAUUACUAUCAUCCUAUGAUUCGUCUAGUUGGAUACCAUCGAAUCUUGUCCAUCAUACAUGGUCAUCUGCUAUUGCUAAUGAAAAAUCAUCAGCUAAUUCAAUGAUUGACAAUUAUAAUAAUGAUGAUGCCAGUAAUGCCUCUCAUUAUCAUCUUAUUCGACGUCAUUUCAAUUGUCCACAUCGUGUUAUCUCUGAUCUGACGGCUGCACUUAUCCUACCAGAUGUUGAACGUCGUUUGAAAGCUGCUAUAGCAGUAACACGAACUAGCAAGUCAAGUAGUAUUCCAUCGAAUUCAUCAACUGUCUAUUCAUCGGUAAGUUCACAAAAUUCAUCAUCACGUAAUACUGUUGCUUCCGGUGCUGGCACUGCUUUUGGUUCAAUACAGCAACAACAACGAUCACAACAGUCGUCGUGUUGUUCAGGAAAACGUAGACGUAAUGCUUCUGAAUCACCUCCACUUGUUGUAUCGACUUAUGAUGAAGCGACACCACCACCACCACCAGCAGCUAGUUUAAAUAUUGAUUUAUGCCGAUCAUCAGAUUAUUGGAGAUGGAGUAUGCACGAUAAUCAAAUUAUGUCAUCAUCAGCAAAUUCAAUAAAACAGCACCAACAUAAUCUGAAGACAAUUAUACGAGUGAGCAAUGGAGAAGAAGAAAAGGUAGCAGAAGAAGCACACUUUCUGACAACUCCUCAAUUAAAUCCAAACACUUCCAAUUCAUCAAAAGUGGCUGGCAUUCAUACGAAUAACAAUAAUAAUACUAAUACUAAUGACAGUAAUACGAUGUGUUUAACCACUACUGACGACGACGAAUCAACAUUUGACAACAGCAGAAGCUUUAACAAUCCAAUCAAGAUUGCCGUUGGUCAAGAACAACAUCAACACCAGCAGCAGCAAAAGUUACCAAUUAAUAAUGCCAGUAACACUAGAAGUCAUAGUAAUCAUAGACGACUUCCUUCACUGUCUCAAUCGUCGAUUGAACCACGUAAACGUUUAAAAAAGUAUCAAAAAGCCAGUACAUUAACUUGUCAAGUUUAUUUUGCUCCUUAUACUACCGCUACUAAUACUAGUAGUGGUCGUAUUAAUAAUUCCACAGAGAGAUAUGUUAUCCCUAGACCGGUAUUACCUCGACGUCAUUCAAUGGCAUCGUAUAAUAAUAAUAAUCAUAAUAAUAGUAAUAAUAAUAAUAAUUUUAUUCGUUCUGACUGUUUUACGCAUUUACCUCAUUGA